AUGGCGCUCCGCGGGCCCCCUGGGCCGCGCAAAGUUCGCAGGAGGCGAGAGAUGCUGCCGCAGCAAGUUGGCUUUGUGUGCGCGAUUUUGGCCCUGGUGUGCUGUGCGUCUGGCCUCUUUGGCAGCUGGGGGCGCAGAACAGCUUCUGUGAGCAAAUAUGUUCUCCCAGACACAUGGAGAAAUAGAAGGCUGAUGGCACCAGUGAAUGGGACUGAGGCAGCCAAGAACUGCACAGAUCCUGCAAUUCACGAGUUCCCCACAGACCUGUUCUCCAACAAUGAGCGACAGCACGGGGCCAUCCUGCUGCAUAUUCUUGGUGCUCUGUACAUGUUCUACGCCUUGGCCAUAGUGUGUGAUGACUUCUUUGUUCCGUCUCUAGAGAAGAUCUGCGAGAAACUCCAUCUGAGCGAAGAUGUGGCUGGAGCCACCUUCAUGGCUGCGGGAAGCUCAACACCAGAGCUGUUCGCCUCUGUCAUUGGCGUGUUCAUCACCCACGGAGAUGUCGGGGUCGGGACCAUCGUGGGCUCUGCUGUGUUCAAUAUCCUGUGUAUAAUCGGAGUUUGUGGAUUAUUCGCAGGGCAGGUGGUCCGUCUGACAUGGUGGGCCGUGUGCCGAGACUCCGUGUACUACACCCUGUCUGUCAUCGUGCUCAUUGCUUUCAUAUAUGAUGAAGAAAUCGUGUGGUGGGAAGGCCUGGUGCUCAUCAUCUUGUACGUGUUUUACAUCCUGAUCAUGAAGUACAAUGUGAAGAUGCAGGCCUUUUUCACAAUCAAACAAAAGACUAUCGCAAAUGGCAACACGGUCAACAGUGAGCUGGAGGAUGGUAAUGAUUACUGUGAUAGUAGCUCUGAUGACCCUUCCCUGCCAUUGCUGGGGCAAGUGAAGGAGGAGCCGCAGUACAACAAAAACCCAGUGGUGAUGGUGGACGAGGUCAUGAGCUCCAGCCCUCCCAAGUUCACCUUCCCAGAGGCGGGCUUACGUGUAAUGAUCACCAAUAAAUUUGGGCCCAGGACUCGUCUGCGGAUGGCCAGCAGGAUCAUAAUUAAUGAGAGGCAAAGGCUGAUCAACUCGGCCAACGGCGUGAGCAGCAAGCCGCUUCAGAACGGGAGGCACGAGAGCAUCGAGAACGGGAACGUGCCCGUGGAAAACCUGGAAGAGCCACAGCGGGACCAAGAGCCCCCGCCGCAGCCCCCGCCACCUCCCCAGGAGCCAGAGCCCGUGGAGGCCGCUUUCCUGUCCCCCUUCUCCAUGCCUGAGGCAAGAGGGGACAAAGUCAAGUGGGUGUUCACCUGGCCGCUCAUCUUCCUCCUGUGCAUCACCAUCCCCAAUUGCAGCAAGCCCCGCUGGGAGAAGUUCUUCAUGCUCACCUUCGUCAUCGCCACGCUCUGGAUUGCUGUCUUCUCCUACCUGAUGGUGUGGCUGGUGACUAUUAUUGGAUACACCCUUGGGAUCCCCGAUGUCAUCAUGGGCAUUACUUUCCUUGCAGCAGGCACGAGCGUCCCCGACUGCAUGGCCAGCUUGAUUGUGGCCAGACAAGGCCUUGGUGACAUGGCGGUCUCUAACACCAUAGGAAGCAACGUGUUCGACAUCCUCGUGGGACUUGGCAUACCGUGGGGGCUGCAGACCAUGGUUGUUAAUUAUGGGUCCACGGUGAAGAUCAACAGUCGGGGUCUGGUCUACUCCGUGGCAUUGCUGCUGGGCUCUGUCGCUCUCACCGUCCUCGGCAUCCAUUUGAACAAGUGGAAGCUGGACCGGAAGCUGGGGGUGUAUGUGCUGGUCCUCUACGCCGUCUUCUUGUGCUUUUCCAUAAUGAUAGAGUUCAACGUCUUUACCUUUGUCAACCUGCCAAUGUGCCGAGAAGACGAUUAA